UUGUCCCCGGGCGCCUUCCGUAGCGCGUGCGGCGGUGGAGGUUCGGGCCCCUCCUCUUUGCGGCUCGCGCCGCCGCGCGAUUGUGCGGGUGAGAAGGGCGAGGGCGGGGGGAGCGCGGCCGCGCGCACACACAAACCGGGCCACGCGCGCACCGGCCGCGCGCACGCCACUGCGCGCGCCCGGCUCGGCUCGGCCCCGUUCGGCUCGGCUCGGCCCCAUUCGGCUCGGCUCGGCUCGCAGAGACUCGCAGGCGCCAUGGCGGCCGCUCGCAGCGACAUGGCGGAGCCGGAGGGGCUUCUUCCCGGCGAGGCGGCGGCCGCCGCGGCUGAGGAAGAGGAGGAGGCGGCGGCCUCCGCCGCCGCCGCCGGGGUCGGCUCCUCGUCGUCGCCUCCGUCCUCAGCGGCGGAGACGGAGUCGCUGCUGCUGCUGAACGGCGAGGCGGAGAGCAUGUCGGAGCCCAGCCCGGAGAGCGCCAGCCAGGCCGGGGACGGGGAGGACGAAGACGAGGAGGAGGAGGAAGAGGAGGAGGAGGAGGGCGGCGAGGAGGAGGAGAGCAGCCUGGUGGGCAGCAGCAGCACGAGCAGCGGCUGCUGCAGCGACGAGACCCGCUCGCUCAGCCCCGGCGGCAGCAGCGAGGCCGACGCCAAGGAGGAGCCCAAGGGCCCGCGGGGCGGCCAGGAGGGCGGGCUGGGCCGCGGCGGCGGCGGCGGCGGCGGGAGCAGCUCCAGCAGCGUGUCCAGCGGCGGCGACGAGGGCUACGGCACCGGCGGCGGCGGCGGCAGCAGCGGCAGCAGCAGCUGCAGCGCCGCGUCGGGGGGGCGGCGGGGCAGCCUGGAGAUGUCCUCGGACGGGGAACCGCUGAGCCGCAUGGACUCGGAGGACAGCAUAAGCAGCACUAUUAUGGAUGUAGACAGCACAAUUUCCAGUGGACGUUCAACUCCGGUGAUGAUGAAUGGACAAGGAGGUCCUGCCUCCUCUGCAAAAAGCAUUGCUUAUAACUGUUGCUGGGAUCACUGCCACGCUUGCUUCAGCUCCAGCCCGGAUUUGGCAGAUCAUAUUCGCUCCAUACAUGUGGAUGGUCAGCGAGGAGGGGUGUUUGUUUGCUUGUGGAAAGGUUGCAAAGUAUAUAAUACACCUUCAACAAGUCAAAGUUGGUUGCAGAGACAUAUGCUGACACACAGUGGGGACAAACCUUUCAAGUGUGUGGUUGGUGGGUGCAAUGCCAGCUUUGCAUCUCAGGGAGGACUUGCCCGUCAUGUGCCCACACACUUCAGCCAGCAAAACUCUUCAAAAGUUGCCAGUCAGCCAAAGGCCAAAGAAGAAUCUCCAUCUAAAGCUGGAAUGAAUAAAAGAAGAAAGUUAAAGAAUAAGAGACGGCGAUCAUUACCAAGACCUCAUGACUUCUUUGAUGCACAAACACUGGAUGCUAUAAGACAUCGAGCCAUCUGCUUUAACCUCUCAGCGCAUAUAGAAAGCUUAGGAAAAGGCCACAGUGUUGUAUUUCACAGUACUGUAAUAGCUAAAAGAAAAGAAGAUUCUGGAAAAAUAAAACUCUUGCUUCAUUGGACACCAGAGGACAUUCUGCCUGAUGUGUGGGUAAAUGAAAGUGAGCGACAUCAGUUAAAAACUAAAGUAGUUCAUUUAUCAAAACUACCAAAAGAUACUGCCUUGCUUCUGGACCCAAACAUAUACAGAACAAUGCCCCAGAAGAGGUUGAAGAGGUAAAAACCAAGCGAAUGGGGACAGCUGCAGUCUUAGUCACUGACAAUGGAUUUAGAAAUAAAGUUGCACAUUAGUCAAAUCCCAUCUUUUUUUUUUAUAAAUAUUUAUGCUUAGUGUAAACAUUCUGUGAAUGAAGUUGAUGCUUCUGUGGAAUAUAUUAAUAUAUUACUGUAUAUCCACAUUUUCAUGGAAUGGUACAGUGGGAGAUUGAGCAAACACUCUUCUGGCAACUUAGUGGAACAACUAAAAGGCUUUGCAUGCUUUCUUCUUUAAGCUGCUUUUUUUCUUUAGUGAAUACAAUAGUUUAUAUUGAUGAAAAGAAAGUAACCGUCGCCAUUUACUCACAAUUCCCAAGAGAACUGCUAACAAGCUAUUAGGCUUCUUAUCAGUGUGAACUAAAUAUAACACAUGCCAGACAAUAAAACAGCUACCAAGGGGUUAUCCUGUCACCCUUUCAAUAUGGUGGAUAGUAAUCAUUUGUCAUUUGUAACUUCGUGUCCUUUUGCAGAUCCGUAAAAUAUAUUGAAUAAUGUUUAAGGAAAACCAAGAAAAAGCAAGAAACGUGUUGAUGGAAUGCUUGUCUUUUCCAUUCAACUCUGAAUACAUAUAGUACGGUUUAAAGAUGUUAAGAGUGUUGCAGUAUGUCUGAUCCCCCUUUUCAGGAGUGGUAUAGUAUGUUAAUGAAAUCUUUUUUUUGUGAUUCAUAUCAAUGGACGGUUUUUGAAAAACCUUUACUUAAGCAGUUAGUGUUAUUUGUGUUUUAUUUUUACUUUUUUGAAUCUGUAGAAUCCCCAUUCACUUGUAAAGUAUACUUUUUUUAUUUGGCCUAAUGUUUUCUAGUUGUAAAGAAAAUGGUAUUUUUAAAAAAAAUAUCUAGAAAUUCAAUCCUUUAUGCACCAAAGUUGGCUUUGAAAAGGAAAGUAAAAUCACUUUCUUGCUUAAUAAGCAAGAAGCCGUGGAUUUUUUUAACUGACAAAUAGAGAUGUGUCUAACCUGUUAGUCUUUGUAUGGAGACAAAAAUGUUGCAUAUAGAUAAUAGGACAUUGCUUGUAAAUAUUUCAGCAGAUUUGUAAUAUAUUUUUAUAUUAUGAAAUGUACUGUAGAUGUUUUUCUAGAGGCAUGAAAGUUAAAAUGUAUAUAUUACGGUAGAAAUAAUAUUGAAGGAUAUUGUAAUUCACUAGUGCUGCCAGAAGAAUUGUUUAAAAAAAGCACCUUCCUUAACAAUAAAAAACCCUUCUUUUACAUACCUAAGGGACUAUAUACUACUGUUAAUAUCUGUUGUAAGAACAAAAACACAUUGAACAUCCUUCCCAGAAGUCUUUGAGGGAUGAAUAGUACCCAUAAUUAAUUCAUGGCGCUCCUUUCUAAUAGUGAACACAAAAUUAGUUUUUUUCCUUGCUAUUGGAAGGAACUAAUACGUAAAAUUUAUAUGGAUAUAUGCAGUCAAACUGCAGAGUUAGUCCUCCUUGUUGGGGAGGAGUUUACUACAGUGAAACUAAUAACCAGCAGUUUUUACACUAAAUCUUUAUUAAAUAGAAUAAAACUUAGAAGUAACCCUUUGGUUGCGGAAGUGAGCGCACCCUAGUACAAUACAAAUGCUUUCUGCGUUGGUACUGACAUGAGAGUCUUGCUUAGCUCCAAUGGGUUAAAAAUAUUACUUAUAUACAUGAAAAAAAAAAUCUUAUCAAGCAAAAUAAAGUGCAGAUUAAAAGCACCACUAAUAUAAGAUGUUCUGGAAUGGUUGUUUAAUAAGGGUAUUAUUCAUAAAAUCUGUUGUGAUGUGACUUUAUUUUUGGAAAAAAAAAAUGCAGUGUUUUUUUUUUUUUUGCUUGAGCACUUCACCUACUGCUUUUUCUGUACCUAUAAAAUAAUCCACAAUCUUUGUUUCUUUUAUGAAUUUGUUAUAAAAUUGCCAAAUAGAAGUGUUUCAGAUAUAGUUUGUAUUUGUAUUUUUUUAAUUUUAUUGCUUCAUGAGUUUCUUGUAAGUCAUUUAUAAUUGACAGAUGAUUGUAGACCUUGCCUGAGUAUUUUUUCUAAUAAAACAAAGCAAACAAACCUCAUUAGCUUCACAAUUGUAAGAUUUCAAUGAAGUUUUCAAAGGUAAAUAUAAGCAUGUCACUAAUUUUUUUUUUUUUUUUUAUCUAGAAAGAGUGAAACACAUACAUUUAAACAAUUGGGAAUUUGGGAAGUCAAUCAUAUAUUCUUCAUGUAAGCUUUGACUUUCUUUUCCUGGGUAUAAAAAAAGUAUUUUCAGGUUUUCUCAUGAUCCAACUUGUCUUUUGGAAGGAAAAAAAUAAGUGUAAGACCAAAGCAUCUGGGAACAAAAUAAUAUAUUAAUUGUUUCCCGUAGAGUCAAAAGGUAAGUGGAUUUGUGGCAAUUUUAACACAAAGGUAUAGAAUUGAAAUAAUAAAAAACAUUUUACAUAAGAGUUUUUUUUUACGUACACAUUUUUUAGAAUGCACUUUGACAAUGUUCUGUGUUUUGGAUGAUACUGACUACUCUAAAGGUGUGCUUCAUUGUUUUUUCUGCCCCCUCCUCCCACCUCUUACAAAUUCCAGUUGUGACAGAGUAACCAGGCAGGUGGAACUGACAUGGCAUAGGAGUUCUGAGAAAUAUUGUUCUAUUUUUCAUACUGUUUUUCUUGAAAUGCAUUAAUAAUUAAUUCUUCUCUCAAUUCUUGAGCAGUUACAGAUAUCUUAGUUCUGGGUGUAACAUGUAGAGGCUUCCUCCUAUUGUUCUAAGCAACAUUCCUUUUUCCAGUUACUUAGAUUUUCCAGUUAGCAGCAGAAUGCAUCUCCUCCCACUUGGACUGUUCAUUUUCUUUGUAGAAAUAUACUGUAAAGACACAGUUAUUUACUCUUAACUGCAAGCUGUUUCCUGCAAGAUCUGGGAAGUGUAAAAUUUUAGUAAUUUUGCAGUUGAAUUUUAAUCUGGAGUACGUAUUUCAUGAGGCUCGAGGGAACUGGGCAAGUUCAGCUAGAUAAGAGGAGUCUUUUGGAGGAACCUAAUGUCAGUGUUUCAGUAGCUAAGCAGUUACCAAGAAGGUAGAGCUAGGAUUACUAGAACUGCAUAGCAGGAGAAGGAGUUGUCAUCGGUGGUCAUGAAAUAGAAUUUUUUUUUUUCUCUCCAUCAUGAGGAAGGUUGAACAUUGGAACACAGCACUUAGAGAUUGUGAAAUCCCUGUUCUAGGAAGCUUUCAAGUUCCAGGCAAAGCCCUGAGCAACUUGGUCAGGAUUCAUUGUUAGUGCUGUGCUGAGCUGAAGAUCAGAUUAGAUCCUUUUCCAAGGAAGCUCUCCACAUGAAUAAUCCUGUGUUCUGAUUCAGAAGGAAGUUGGCUUUCUCCUUCAGCCUUGAACUCAGGUGGGCAUCAGAACUGUUUGCUAGCAUGAUCUAAACAUAGCUGUGUUCAUAGAUCAGGGCUAGAAUUGGAGUUGUUUGAUAUGAAAAUUAAUCGGUUGUGGCAGUGACUUGGAUCUGGGGCUUUAGUCUACAUUUUUGUUGGCAUCCUACGUAGCUGAUCUUCAGUGGCACUGUCGUAAGGUAAAUGCUGGGGCAUGAAGAUGUGGGGACAGUGAUGUGGGGUGCAGUGUUUGCUCAUUUACUGUUGGGUGACAGCAGCAAAGAUUUUCGUAAAUGUCGUCUUAGAUAUUAUUCAGAAAUGAUAUCUUAGAUCAUCCUACUUCUGGGACAUCUUCAAAGAACAUGUGCUGAACUCUGUUCUAUAGCAGUUCUGAUUUUCAAGAGAUACAGUACACCCAAAGACCUGUACCCGAAAUUACCAGUCCUUUUGCAGUGUGUUGUCUUGACUUUUACAGUUUUCUAAGCAUGACUAACAGGAUUUUGAAUGAAUUUUGGGAAUGAAGAUCAUGUCUGUCUUUUGCUUGAGUGGAAAUUCUUGUUUGGGAAAACUUCCUGCUGUUUGAGGAUAGCAUACAGCUGAUGGUUUGAUAUUAGAUCUUAUUCUGCCUUUAAAAUUACUUCGAAAAUAAAUGAGGCAGAAACACAUCAGUUGCAUAUAAGUACUUUCUCUUGAGUAACUGUUUUUUCACAUUUUGCCCUGAUUGCCAUAUAUACAGCACUUAGCAUUUUUUUUUUCUUCACUUACGUAAGUCCACUACAUAAUAACCCUAUGCAGUGCUUCAGACUUGGGGAUGAGUGACUGAAUGACUCUAAAGAGGAAAUGGACCUGGGAGCAUUGGUUGAUGCUCGACUGAGCAUCAGCUGACAGUGUGCCCAGGUGGCCGAGAGGGCCAACAGCAUCCUGGCCUGCAUUAGAAAUAGCAUGGCCAGCAGGAGCAGGGAGGUGAUCAUCCCCCUCUACUCAGCACUGGUGAGGCUGCACCUUGAGUACUUCACUACAGGAAAGACAUUGAGACCCUGGAGCAUGUCCAGAGAAGGGCAGUGAAACUGGUGAGGGGUCUGGAGCACAAGUCUUACUUGUGUGGCUGAUGCAGGUGGGAUUGUUUAGUCUGGAGAAGAGGAGGCUCAGAGGAGACCUCAUUGCACUCUACAACUUCCUGAAGGGAGGUUGUGAUGAGGAGGGGUUUGCUCUCUUCUCCCAAGCAACAAACAGGACCCGAGGAAAUGGCUGCAAGUUGUACCAGAGGAGUUUAGGUUAGACGUGAAGAAGAACUUUUUCUCUCAGAGAGUGGUCAGGCACUGGAAUGGCUGCCCAGGGAGGUGGUGGAGUCGCCGUCCCUGGCAGUGUUCAAGAGGCGUCUGGGUGAGGAGCUGCGAGAUAUGGGUUAGUGCUUGUGGUAGCAGUGGUAAUGAGAAGAUGAUUGGACUAGAUGAUCUCAUAGGUUGCUUCCAACCUUGUGGCUCUAUGAUUCUAAGUCAUGGUAAGUAAUGGUAACAGUUUCCAAGUUAUGUUAGAACUUACAUCUGGACUAACUUGUGAACAAAUGAGUUAAUUAUGUUUAAAUCUACAUUAAUUUUAGGAAGAAUCACUGUUUGAUUUCUGUUUCUUACAGCUUUUUUUUUUUUUUUUUUUUUUUUUGGUGCAGCAUGUAAAUUGGUUACUAUAGGAAAAUUUGUCUUACUUAGUAUAUCAGUCUGAAAUUGAUGAUUUAUCCUCACUUUUAUCUCCCUGAUGUUUUACACUGUUUUAUGAAACAAAUCAUAAGCAUUUAUUUUUUCCACAUAAAGGUAUCAAAGUAUUAAAAAAAAAAAAAAAAAGUUGUCUAAUCAGGAACAUUGGUUUUUCUUAAAAAAGCAGUGAGCUGACUCUAUGGCUUCUUUGAUUCAUGUUCUAUCAGCUGUUAAAUAGAUGUUCUGUGAAUAGAUCCUAUAUACACAUGGCUUUGAAAAUAAAAUAAACAGCUUGAUCUGUAAAACAAUCAGGUCUAAACAAAACAUUCCAACAGCUGACGAUAGUCGUAACAUCACAUGGAUCUUCUUAAUCCAGUAAAGAUGCCCUUAGGCCUGUUAGUUAUCCUUGUAUUUGCUUACAUCAAGCUAAUACCCUGCUAAAUUAUGUUGCUUCAACUUUUAAUAAUUUUCUGAAUUAUGUGAUUUGAGAAACAAAAAAAAACACACCAAUCCUUUUCUGUUUUGUUUGAGCAGUACUAUGGAAAAAUAUUUUAAAAACAAGAAUACCUUCAUGUAUUUUCAGUGGGGCCCCCCUUUUUUUUUUUCUUUUCUAAGAACUGUGUGUUUGCAAAUACAAAAGCUGAGUUAGGACUAACAGAAUAAAGUCACAUUAAUACAGCUGUAGUCUUCUAAUGCUUAUAAUGGGAGCUUGCAGGUAUAAAUACAAGUGUGUAAUCUCCUGGAGUGUAUUUAUGAGAAUAAUUAAUACAAUGCCAGAGGGUUCCACUGCUGUAGUCUCUAAUUACAGUGUUUUUCUAAUAUAUUAUAAACUAAAAUUUGACGAACAAUAAAAUCUCAUACUCUGGAAAAUUA